CCACCCCUUCCUCUCUAAAGCACACCGCCCCCCAGACCCUAACCUUCACUUCAUAUUUUCCGGAGACUAUUUUCUUUCUAGUGUUUACUUGCGUCAUUGGCUCCUUUAUUGCAAUCUAAGAUAUAUUCUUAGAUUGUUUUCAUCGUUGGGAUUCAAGAAAAUGGCACCCAAGAAGCUUAAUGGUAAUGACAAUGGUUCUUUGAAGAAAGCAAGUGGUGAUCAUGACAAGAAGGAAAUCCAUUAUAGGGGAGUGAGGAAGAGGCCAUGGGGGAGGUAUGCUGCUGAGAUAAGGGAUCCCGGGAAGAAAAGCCGGGUUUGGUUGGGCACGUUUGACACGGCAGUGGAGGCUGCGAGGGCCUAUGAUAAGGCGGCGCGUGAGUAUCGUGGUGCUAAGGCGAAGACCAACUUUCCAAUAGCGGAGAAGGUGGUUGAUUAUGACGAUGAGAAGCAGAGCUCUAGCCAGAGCAGCACCGUUGAGUCGUCAAGCUCCCCGGUGGUUUCUGCGGUGGCGCGUGAUGUAACUCGCCAGGUUGGUGGGGUUGUGGGGAUGGGGAGGUUUCCCUUUGUGUUCCAGCAGCAGCCGCCGCAUGUUAACGCUGUUGGUCCUGUCUGGUUUCUUGAUAGUACUGUUAAGCCUGAGUUUGUGGCUCAGCGUUUCCCUGUCCGGUAUGACCCGGUGGGUCUUGAGGGCGGGGCCCAUAGUGACUCGGAUUCAUCAUCUGUGAUUGAUUUUAAGCCAAGGAGUUCAAUUCUUCAUCUUGAUCUUAACCUGCCUCCACCAGCUGAUGCUUGAUCGACAAUUAUUUAAUUUUUUUUGAGAUUAUUCAGGGGAUAGUAUUUUUUUUUCCAGCUAAUCUUACUUUUUAAAGAGAAGAAGAGAUGAUCUCGUUUAAUGGGUCAUCGUAAUCUAAUGUAAAUAAAUUACUAGGAUCAAGAUUUUGCAACUACAGAGAAACAGUCAUAAUUCUCUUCCUGGUUGUUUUGUGUUUGUAAGCUCACAAAUUAUUUCAAUUGCUGAUAAUUUUCAAUCCCUUUUUUA